GGCGUCGCCACGACGAGGCUGCCUGGCUCGAUCGCGCGCGCCGAGGUGCGCGCGCGGCACAGCCAGCGAGAAGGCCGGUUCGGAUGGCACGGGGACGAGCUUUGGACGGCGGACGGGCUCCGCGCGACGUUUCGCGUCUUCUUCGUCCGCUGGGGGUUGGAGGUCGACCUCGACUCGCGGGGGAUGCGGCGGAGCGAGGUCGACCUCCGCCACGCCGUCGCGCACGCCGCCGUGCAGUCGCAGCGGUCGGCGUCGGACGGCUCGUUUGGCUGGUCCGACUCGACACUGUGGGUGGACGAGGGUCUGCGCGCGCGCUUCGCCGUGACGCUGCAGCGCGACGCCCUGCCCGGCUCGCGCCCGCCGCUCGAACUGCGGUACCGGAUGGUUGCAGACGGGCCAGUGAAGGUGCUGCAGGUGAUGCCGGCGCCGUCCGCCGCCGCCUCCGGGGAGGUGCCCUCCCUGCCCGUCCUGGCGUCGGAAGAGGACGACGGCAAGCUGCGGCUGAGCGUGCACGUGUCGCUCGCGUGCCUCGGCGUGUCGCUGAUUGCGGACGGGUGCGAGGAGCUCCUCUACUUGAGCCUCGUCGACCCCGUGGUAAGCUACCGCGCGUCGUCGGGCCGCGACUUUCUGUCGGCGCAGGUGCGGCACCUGCAGGUGGACAACCAGCUGCAGGCCGCCUCCUUCCCCGUGCUGCUCCAGCCCUCCUUCUCCGCCGAGGAGGCGCAGCAGGCGGUGAGGCCGCACUCGCUCGAGCUGCUCGUGCAGCGCCGCAUCGGCGCCGCGCAGGUCCUGUACUACGAGACUGUCUCGCUCCGGCUGCAGACGCUCGAGCUGAUGGUGGACACGGUGCUGGUGCGCACCCUCUUCCUCUUCGUCCUCUCCACCUACCUCGACCUUGCAAAGAUGGCGACGGCGGUGGUCGAGGCGACGACGCGCGGCCAGCCGCGCCGGGCCGACGCGGUGGUGCCGCCCAAGGUGUACCUGCGCUGGCUCAACCUGCAGCCGCUCCGGCUCCACCUCAGCUGCCGCUCCGUCGCGGGCGGGCGACGCCGCGAGGCCGCGGUGCUCGAGAACGCGCCGGCCAGCGCCGUGGGAGUGCUCAACUCGGUGAGCGCCGUGCUGUCAAACAUCGACUCGGCGCCGCUGCAGCUCAAGGCGCUCGUCCUCGACAACACCUUCGCGCCCGUCGGCACGCUGGCGCAGGCCAUCUGCGACUCGUACCGCGAGCAGCUGCUGCAGCAGCUGUACAAGCUCCUCCUCUCGGUCGAGCUGCUCGGCAACCCGCGCGGCCUCUUCCAGCACCUGGCCACCGGCGUGACGGACGCGUUUUACGAGCCGCUCAACGGGAUCAUGCGCGGGCCCGACGACUCGCUCGCCAACAACCUGACCUACGGGCUCUCGGACUCGGUCGGGAAGUUCACCGGCACGCUGGGCAAGGGGCUCGCAGAGCUGUCGAUGGAGCGAGACGCGACAGGGAGGGCCUCUGCACGGCGCGCGCAGAGAGGCGGCUUCGGGGGCUUUUUCAAGGGCGUGGCGCAGGGCGCCGUCGGGCUCGUCGUCAAGCCGGCGGUCGGAGUCGCGGACGGCAUCACCGCCGCCGCCGAGGGCCUCAAGAGCCAGACGACGGUGCUGCGCGGCCUGACUCGCCGCCGCCGCCAGCCGCGCACGAACCUGCUAGGCGAGCUGCGCCUCUUCUCAAACGCCGACGCGCGCAUCCAGCGCGCCCUGUACGACGCGGUGACGGGGCGCGGCGUCCGCUCCCUCGCGUCGGGGCGCUUCUGCAGCCAGGCGCCGCGGGCGCGCAAGGGUGCGGAGAUCUCGCUCGUCGUCACGACAGGGCACGCCAUCCUGCUCUCGGUCAGCGGGGAGGGCGGCGCGGGCAGCAGCAGCAGUGGGGGCGGAGGAGGAGGCGCCCCCGCGACCGCGCUCGUCUGGUCGGAGCCGCUCAGCCAGAUUGCCGUGUGGGAGUGCGUGGAGCGGUCCCAUGAGCUGGCGCUGCACUUGCGGUCGGGCGAGGUGCGGCGCGCGCGCUUCCCGUCGGCGGCGGCGCGCGCGAAGGCGGUGCGCCUCAUCGAGCAGGCGGUCAAGCUGGACGAGUCGAGCACCAGUCGGGCGCCGCGGCGCUGA